AUGUCUCUCUUGAUUCUAAAUGCUAGUAAUAGAAUUGCUUAAGGAUUCUUAAAAGUAGCUGCUGAAAGUGGUAAGUAUGAAAAGAUCAUUUGUGCUGAUAUCUUCCCAACAUACUUCACAGUUCAAAGAUUACUUAAAUUCAAGCAAUAAUUCUCAACCAAAAUAGAGUUAUUCAAAGUGGGUGAUCGUCAAGAUCUCCAUGAUGUAAUCAAAUAAGCCAACAAUCUCCUUUAUGUGAGUCAUGACUAUUACUAAGUAACAGCAUCCAAAAAAAACUUGUUGGUAGCCUCUCUAGAUUUGGUCAAAACCAGAAACUACAAAACUGCGGCUUAUGUUGCUCCAGUCGAACAUGAUCAUUAGGAAGAAAUUGAUGAAUGGAAACAUUUGGAAGUUGAAGGUCGUCGCUCCAUCCCUCAAUUAGUUGGAAUCAGAUCUGAUAUUACUUUCGGACCUUAAAGCACAUUUACUAAUUAAAUUGCUUAGAGAAUAUAAAAUAAUCAAAGCAUUUACAUCAAAAGCACAGGACAAUCAUGUGCCCCAAUCUUCACUGGAGAUUUAGAGGCAAUUGUCGCCAGAGUUCUUGCAGGCGAUCAUGCUGGCAAAUUGCUCUUGGCCAAAGGACACAAGCAUAUAGAUUUCAACUCCAUUAUUCAUUUAAUUGAGUAGAGCGUCAACCAUAGAGCUCAAACUAAUAGUUCUUUUAUUGAAAAGAUCAUUCAUCCAACCAACAACUGCAUUAUUGGACAACAAUUAUAUUGUCCCUCAUACAUUAACUUAACCAAAUUGAUAGCCAAUUAUAAGGCUCUUGAGAACACUGGCUAUGAUUAAGUUGUUGGAGAUAAUUUAGUAGAUAUUCAGGAGUAUCACAACAAAAAUACAACUGUCGUCGAUCAAUCAUUAAAAACUGACUAUGAAUUAAGCUAUUUAAUUGGCUGAAUAAGUGAAAUAUAAUCAAUAAAAAGUACAGAAAUAUUAUUUUUUCA